UGGAGGGAAUCGAACCAUCAAGACAAGACCGGGCAAAAGCUGUCUCCGAAACCCUGCCAGCAUAAACUACGGACGUGAGAAACGAAAGUGAAGCAAACAAACCCUAGAAAUGGCAGAGAAAUUAGCACCGGAUAAACGACACAGUUUCACCCACAACGGUGAGAAGGUAUUUGAAUGGGAUCAAACCCUAGACGAGGUGAAUAUUUACAUAAAUUUACCGCCAAAUGUUCAGCCCAAGCAAUUUUAUUGCAAGAUUCAGUCGAAGCACGUUGAAGUGGGCAUCAAAGGAAACCCUCCUUAUCUCAAUCAUGAGCUUUCUUGCCCUGUGAAGACUGAUUGCUCUUUCUGGACUUUAGAGGAUGGUGUUAUGCACAUAACACUGCAGAAGAGGGAUAAGGGAAAUACAUGGUCUUCGCCUAUUCUGGGUCAGGGUCAGCUGGAUCCUUACUCCACUGAUCUUGAGCAGAAGCGUCUCAUGCUUCAAAGAUUUCAAGAAGAGAAUCCUGGUUUUGACUUCUCGCAAGCUCAGUUUACUGGGAACUGUCCUGAUCCAAGGACCUUUAUGGGUGGCAUCCGAACUGAUUGAUGAUCUUUGUAUGUUGAUUAGACAUCCUGGUAAACUACUCCGACCAAUGUUAGUAAAUAAAACACUCCAGUGUGACAUUGCCAUUCAGAAGAACGAAAAGAAUCUCUGGACUUUGACUAGUUUUCCCUCUUUAUGCUAUGUUAAUAUGUAUGGUCUGUUUCAACUUGUCUAUCCAGCCAUGGUUAAAAGCUCUUAAUGUAGACAACGAGUUCCUGCUUUUGGUAUCUAUUCUAACAGCCUAGCAAUUCUUACACAAGCCCAAAGUCCACGAGUGUCGAUCAUUGUUUCCUAGGUUUAAUGUAUGGGACCUAGACUAGCCUGUCUGUUAGAAAUGAUUAACUCUCUGUUGAUCAAGAUUCAAGAAGAAGUGGAAGAACCAGUUGAAAGGGUAUAUUGCUCGCGCAUUUAUCCAUCUCGGUCAACUUUAUAUUGUAUUUUUUUGAUGUCUAUCUGCUUUGAAAGAACAUUCUGGCUUAAAGGCGUCAAUAUUGUUAUGCUGGUAACUAUUCAUUUAAAAUAUCUAGAAUGUCAGUGGUGUCUUGUCAAAUAUUUAUUUUGCUGUGUUGAAUGGAGCUACAUGAAAAAAA